GUGUGCUGGUGACGAGCGCGGAAGCUCUGCGGUGUAGGAGCGCCACACAGCGCCACCUGCCCGUGCACAGCGGGAGCGCAGCCCUGCCCCACCCCGUCGCCAACGCCGCCCCCCCAUGGAGCGCGCACUCUGAGAGCCGCGCGCCGCUCUGCCCGCAUUCUCGCCGGAGAACGGCCCCACCACCCCGCAGCAGCGCCAGGGAAGCCUCGGCCGCCGCCGCCAUGUCGUCCAACCGGACCCAGAACCCGCACGGCCUCAAGCCGAUCGGCCUGGACCAGAUCUGGGACGACCUGCGGGCCGGCAUCCAGCAGGUCUACACCAGACAGAGCAUGGCCAAGUCCAGAUACAUGGAACUCUACACGCACGUGUACAACUACUGCACGAGCGUGCACCAGUCCAGCCAGGGCAGGGGCUCGGUGCCCCCCAGCAAGCCCUCCAAAAAGUCCAGCACUCCGGGCGGAGCCCAAUUUGUGGGACUGGAGCUUUACAAGAGGCUCAAGGAGUUCUUAAAGAACUACCUGACAAGCCUGCUCAAGGACGGAGAAGACCUCAUGGAUGAGUGCGUGCUCAAGUUCUACACUCAGCAGUGGGAGGAUUACCGCUUCUCCAGUAAAGUCCUCAACGGGAUCUGUGCCUACCUCAACCGCCACUGGGUCAGACGGGAGUGUGACGAGGGACGCAAGGGCAUCUACGAGAUCUACUCGCUGGCCCUGGUCACCUGGAGGGAGUGUUUGUUUCGACCCCUCAAUAAACAGGUUACAAACGCUGUGCUGAAGCUCAUCGAGCGCGAGAGGAAUGGCGAGACCAUCAACACUCGCCUCAUCAGCGGCGUGGUCCAGUCUUACGUGGAGCUGGGCCUGAACGAGGAGGACGCCUUCGCCAAAGGCCCCACGCUGUCCGUCUACAAGGAAUACUUUGAGUGCCAGUUCCUGACCGACACGGAACGCUUCUACACGCGCGAGAGCACCGAGUUCCUGCAACAGAACCCCGUCACCGAGUACAUGAAGAAGGCGGAGGCCCGGCUGCUGGAGGAGCAGCGGCGCGUGCAGGUGUACCUCCACGAGUCCACGCAGGACGAGCUGGCCAGGAAGUGCGAGCAGGUCCUCAUCGAGAAGCACCUGGAGAUCUUUCACACCGAGUUCCAGAACCUUCUGGAUGCUGACAAGAAUGAAGACUUGGGCCGCAUGUACAACCUGGUGUCCCGCAUCACGGACGGCCUGGGAGAGCUGAAGAAGCUUCUGGAGACUCACAUCCACAACCAGGGCCUGGCCGCCAUCGAGAAGUGCGGCGAGGCGGCGCUCAACGACCCCAAAGUGUACGUGCAGACCACGCUGGACGUGCACAAGAAGUACAACGCCUUGGUCAUGUCGGCCUUCAACAACGACGCCGGCUUCGUGGCGGCGCUGGACAAGGCAUGCGGCCGCUUCAUCAACAAUAACGCCGUCACCAGGAUGGCGCAGUCGUCCAGCAAGUCGCCCGAGCUGCUCGCCAGAUACUGCGACUCGCUUCUCAAGAAGAGCUCCAAGAACCCCGAGGAGGCGGAGCUGGAGGACACGCUGAACCAAGUGAUGGUCGUCUUCAAGUACAUCGAGGACAAGGACGUCUUCCAGAAGUUUUACGCCAAGAUGCUGGCCAAGCGUUUGGUCCACCAGAACAGCGCCAGCGACGACGCCGAGGCCAGCAUGAUCUCCAAACUCAAGCAAGCGUGCGGCUUCGAGUACACGUCCAAACUUCAGAGGAUGUUCCAGGACAUCGGCGUCAGCAAGGACCUCAACGAGCAGUUCAAGAAACACCUCACCAACUCGGAACCUCUCGAUUUGGACUUCAGUAUUCAGGUUCUGAGUUCCGGCUCGUGGCCUUUCCAGCAGUCGUGUACCUUUGCGCUCCCCUCUGAGCUGGAGAGAAGCUACCAACGCUUCACGGCGUUCUACGCCAGCAGACACAGCGGCAGGAAGUUGACGUGGCUUUACCACCUGUCCAAAGGCGAGCUGGUGGCCAAUUGCUUCAAGAACAGGUACACGCUGCAGGCCUCCACCUUCCAGAUGGCCAUCCUGCUGCAGUACAACACCGAGGACAGCUACAGCGUGCAGCAGCUCUCCGACAGCACGCAGAUCAAAACGGAGAUCCUCAUUCAAGUUCUACAGAUCUUGUUGAAGUCCAAACUGCUGGUUCUGGAGGACGAGAAUGCUAACGUGGACGAGGUGGACUUCAAACCCGACACCGUCAUCAAACUCUUCCUGGGAUACAAAAAUAAAAAGUUGCGUGUCAACAUCAACGUGCCCAUGAAGACGGAGCAGAAACAAGAGCAAGAGACGACGCACAAGAACAUUGAGGAGGACCGCAAGCUCCUCAUUCAGGCGGCCAUUGUGCGCAUCAUGAAGAUGCGCAAGGUGCUGAAGCAUCAGCAGCUGCUGGCCGAGGUCCUCAACCAGCUGUCGUCUCGCUUCAAACCUCGCGUGCCCGUCAUUAAGAAAUGCAUUGACAUCCUGAUUGAGAAGGAGUACUUGGAGCGGGUGGACGGUGAGAAGGACACAUACAGCUACCUGGCUUGAGACCACAAGAUCAACCCGACACACACACAGACGCAGGCACGCGCACGCCCCCUCCAUGGCCUCAGUUUUAUUUUUAUGUGUUCUUGUUCUUUUUCCUUCUGUGAGUAACAAUGUGUGGCUCAUGAUCCGUGGCGGAAAUGUUGCGUGUGCGUGUGUGUGCCACACCACACCGAAUCUGCUGAGCAUCUGCCCGCCGACUGGAGGCUGAACUCUGACCUCUGCGCUCUACCGCCAGUCAUGAAGGAACUCAUCAUGCCCCCUCCGCCCACGAUCCGCGCACGUUGUAAAUAGGCGCAGAGUUUUAAGAGGAAGAACGCCUCAUUGUUCUCAUGGCAAGCCUUCAGCCAAUCAGAGAGCCAUAUCCAAAGGUUUCUGCAUGUUGCCGCUUCUCUCGCGCAGGAGGACAUUUGUAUAGUGGGCUUCAUUUUCUAAAUGUGUGACAAAUAAACAACAAAAAGGUUUCGUAAACA